GGUGUAAGUGGAGUGUGUGAGCGCGAAGCACCGGGGAUCCUGAGCCUGGAGGGGAGCUGUGUGACGAGAGGGGGGCUCUUCAGCCUGUGGAUGUAUGUGCCUAGGACAGCGCUUCUUUUCUUUUUUUUCCCCCUUGCAGGCGAGCAUACGUGUGCGUGAAUGUGUGUGAGAGACGACAAGCAGUGAGCUUGUGUGUGUAUGUGUGUGUGUAACAGUGUCGUCAAUCAGCAACGGGCUCUUCGCAUUAUGCAGCCGAUGGUGCUCAUCCUACUUUGAGGACUGACUCAUUUAGACCGGGGCUGUGGAGACCGAAGAGACGAAAAGGAAACAGAGAGGGAAAGAAAAAAAGACAGAUGGAUGCACAGAUAGAUAGGAAGACAGUCUUAAGCUCCUGAUGUUCUGAGUCCCUCUAGACUGUCCAAGAGUCUAGUCCAUUUGUGGGAUGCCAGUAGCUUCAAACUGCCCCCCCCCCCUUGUUUCCCCACAAAUUGCAACUGCAGACGCACAGCCAGACAGGUAGCCAAAAUUCGCCAAAAAAAAAGCCUGAAAAGGAAAUAUACCCCUAGUCAUCAUCUGCUUGAAGGAAGGUUUUCAGUUCAAUUCAGCUCCACGGACUAUAGGACAAGAGCGUCUCCCGCCUGUCUCUGAGAGGUCUUUUUUGCUUGACAUCAUUCUUUUUGGGGAUUUGCAGGAUCCUUUCCCGGAGCUGAGGAGGGGGUGGGGGGGUAGAUAACAGGCUGGCAGACGAGACGGGACAGACGCAGGCAUGGCUCGCCUCAACUGGUGCCUGGCUGCCGUCAUCAGCUGGGGCAAGUUCCUCUUCGCCUGCUUCUUUCCUCUGCGGGGGGCCAAGCGAGACAAGCCCGACGAGCUGGAGGGCGUCCACACACACACCUUCAAGCUGAAGCCAUUCAAGAAGGCCAAGAGCUGUGAUAUAUGCAAGCAGGCCAUAACCAAGGAGGGCCUCAUCUGCAAAGCAUGUCGACUGUCCUGCCAUAAGAAAUGUGAAGUGAAGGUCACCACAGCAUGUUCGACAACUACCAACUAUGAGCUGCCUCCCACUCCUCAGCUGCCAUUAAAGCAUGUAGAUACACCGGGAUCUACGAGGUCCUGCAAGAGUGUGGAGAUAAGACGAAGGCAGUCCCGGAGUCAGAGUGUGGUUCAGGCCAUGGAGGAGAGCUAUGAGGUGGACCUGGUCUACAUCACAGAGAGGAUCAUCUCUGUCUCUUUCCCCGCUGCCGCUGAGGAGCGCAGUUACACUUCCCACCUCAAGGAGGUGGCGACGAUGCUGCGCUCCAAACACGGCGAGCAUUACCUGGUGCUCAACCUCAGCGAGCGGAGAAAUGACUUAAUAAAGUUGAAUCACAAGGUUCUAGAGUUUGGAUGGCCCGAUGACCAUGCACCAGCCCUGGACAAGAUCUGCAGUAUGUGCAAGGCAAUUGACACGUGGCUCAAUGGGGAUCCACACAACGUGGUAGUACUCCACAACAAGGGGAACAGAGGUCGGACGGGGGUGGUGGUGGCCGCGUACAUGCACUACAGCAACAUAUCCGCAAGUGCUGACCAGGCGUUGGACAGGUUUGCAAUGAGGCGCUUCUACGAGGACAAAGCACUUCCUGUGGGCCAACCUUCACAGAAGAGGUAUGUACGAUACUUCAACGGCUUGCUCUCCGGACACAUAAAGAUCAACAACAAGCCUCUGUUUCUCCAUCAUGUCAUCAUGCACGGCAUACCAAACUUUGAGUCCAAAGGAGGCUGCCGUCCCUUCCUGAAGAUCUACCAGGCAAUGCAGCCAGUCUAUACAUCAGGAAUAUAUAAUGUGCAAGGAGACAGCAACACUAGCAUCUGCAUAACCAUCGAACCCGGCCUGCUUUUAAAGGGAGACAUCCUGUUGAAGUGCUACCACAAGAGGUACAGGAACCCCACCAGAGACCAGGUGUUCAGGGUGCAGUUCCACACUUGCGCCAUCCACGACCUGGGCGUGGUUUUUGGGAAGAGUGAGCUGGAUGAGACUUUUAAAGAUGACAGAUUCCCAGAGUACGGCAAAGUGGAGUUUGUUUUCUCCUAUGGACCAGAAAAAAUUAAAGGCCUGGGCCACCUUGAGAAUGGGCCGAGCGUUUCCGUGGACUACAACACCCAGGACCCUCUGAUCCGCUGGGACUCAUAUGAGAGCUUUAACAAUCGCUGUGAGGACACUGUGGAUGGCGAGCAUGAUGUUGUUCACACUCAAGGUCCUCUUGACGGAAGCCUGUAUGCCCGGGUACGCAAGAAAGACUCCCUGGAGGGAGUGGUCACCAUCAAUGGCCUCCCAGUCCAUGAAAACCCCCUGACCAAUGCAGAGAACACCCAUCAGCAUCCCAACCAUCCUUUACAAACAACUGACCAGACCCUUCCCGUCACAGGCCACACCUCCCUCCCUGCUGUCGACCACACCCUUUCCGUAAGCAGCGACUCGGGCAACUCCACUGCCUCUAUCAAGACCGACCGUACCGACGAGCACAGCCAGUCCGUGCAAGGUGGUGUAAACCACAAUAAUCCGGCAGUGACCCACCCACCACUCAGCCCACAGGAGAAAAAAGAGCUCGAUCAGCUCCUGAGUGGCCUCGAAGCUCCUGCUCAUCAGCGACAAACCUACCUGUCCACAUCCACCAGUCCAGGAGGAGGUGUGCGGCAUCUGGUUCCUGCGCAGGUCCACGUCAACGGGGGCCACAACAGACUCAUUGCUGUCCCUUCAACAGAGGAACGGGAGACAGAUAUUCUAGAUGACGAACUGCCCAACAGUCAAGAAGGCAACAGUGUGGACAGCUUAGGUACACUUUCAUCCCUAGAAGGCCAGGCCACACCGGCAGACCUGUACUACCAGUCACAGACACCUGUGAGUGGGCAGAACGACGGGCCCUACCUUGAGAGAGGCGGACUCGGGGAAAAGCUGAGCGAGAUGCCUGUGCACGGAGUACGAACUCCCACUGCAAUGCAGGAGCGCAGCGUGGACUCACCUUCCCCACAAGGGGGAUACAGCAAUUACCAGAAUGGAAGUGGAAUGUACCGUUCUCAGUCUUUUGGGAACCCACCGGGAAGCAGCCCUGAGACCAACCCCAAACUAAUGCCCAGAGCCCCUGAGAGGAGCACCAGUAGCCGGGAGGCAGUUCAAAGAGGUCUCAAUGCCUGGCACCAGUAUAGUCUCCCCGAUGAUCCAUUUGGUCCUCCUCUUCAGUCGACCCACAGCCUGCCCCACUUCACCACCACCGCCUCACAGCGGGACAUCGAGCAAUCAAUUGAGGCGCUAAACAUGCUCAUGCUCGACCUGGACCCGAUCAACUCCCACAUGUCUAAGUCCCACAGUGCACCUACUGGGGAAAGCAACCUGAAUUCGACACAGGUUCCUUUCUCACAGACCCUGGCGAGGCCCUCAUACCAAGGAGAUUCUGCCAUCCAUGGCUACAACAACACAGGGUCGAUCAACAAUGCCUUCCAUCAGUCUCCGAGGUCAGCAGGGAGAGUGUCCACAAUGCCAAACCAGAGUCCUGUCAUGGAGUCCCCGGCAUAUUCCCCCCAGCGACCCAACACAGGCUACCAACACCAAAACACCACCCCAACACACACCCCCGAGCCCUUCGCCCAUAUGCGUCAAGCAGCCCAUCACUACCCCAGCGAUCAGUCCUCAAAUUUCAACCAGCAUGUGCCACAAAAGCCUGUGAACUCGUACCAGGGCGGCGUUGUUUCCCACUCCCCAGACCUGCAAGGCUCGUCUCCAUACCCAGGCUACAGUGCCUCGUCUUCUCCUCUCCCUGCACUCACACCCCAGCCUAAGGAGACAUCGUCCACCUCUUUGGCCAGAGAACAAGAUGCUGAAGAAGAAACAUUAAACUUGGAAGGCCUGGUGGCUCACCGAAUUGCCGAGUACAACGCUCGUAUUCGGGGCAUCAGCGAAAGCAUGACACCGCAACAAUCUGACCGCCUUCGCUCCUAUUCCUUCUCUGGAGUUCGCUCCAGAGGAAUGACCCCUGAAGUGCCACAAGAGACAGGCCGGCGUCGGACCACCAGUGAAGGCCAGUACCAGAGCAGCCAUGAGAACAGCCCGGUGGUCCGCUCACCGGACUUCGCCAACAACCUGGCCCUCAACCCAGGAGGACGACCCAGAGAGGGUACUAUGCACAGCUACCGGGAGGCAUUUGAGGAUGACGAGGUGGACGGCUUUUCCAACAGUCCCACCUUUAGAGGCGGUGGUGAGAUUUCCCCCCAGACCCCCAGCUUCCCCGUGUCACCACAGACUCCUUACUUCAACAUGUCUCGAUCUCCUGCCGGUUUGACAAAGACUCCUCUGUCUGCACUGGGAGUGAAACCACAUCAGCAGGGUGGAUCAGACUCUGACUCUAAUGACGGAAAGCAAGAUAAUCACAGUUUCGGGGACUCCAGAGCACAACCUGUCAAUGCUCCUCUCUCCUCCAGCAGCCCUGUUCACAGUGCUGAUGGGAGGAGGAUGGGUUCCUCAGACAGCAACCCUCAUAGCCCCACCCCUUCCUAUGGUCCAAGACCCACCUCCCCAGAAGGCUCGCAGGUGAAUGUCAUGGGUGUGCACACGGUCCCCGGUAGCCCCAACACCCUCCACCGCACCGUGGCCACCAACACACCGCCCAGCCCCGCCCUGCAGAGACGCCUGGGCCAGGCCAGCCCCUCCCUGACCAGACACGCCCCGCCUUCCAGCCCUCUGAUUGGCCGCAACCCUAAAACGGCAGGCGCCGGAGGGGUGCCACCCAGCCCGCUGAUGGGACGCCGAGCAGCAACAAGUGGCCACAGCACGCCUGAGGACCUGGGCUCACGACAGGGAAGCACCCAGCCACCCUCGACCCCCGCCUUCCCUGUCUCCCCACAGCUGCCUGAGAAGAGACACAUGUCCAGUGGAGAUGCUGAGAGGACGGACAACAAGAACCUGACGCCCACACCCAUCAGCGGUGGCAGCACGCCAAACCUGUCUGGAACGCACACGCUCCCAGACAUCUCCAAAUCCAUAUACGAUGGCUAUCCAGACAUUAAGAUGAAUGUUAAGUUUGUCCAGGACACAUCCAAGUACUGGUACAAACCAGACAUCUCCAGAGAGCAAGCUAUUAAUCUGUUGAAGGACAGGGAGCCCGGGGCCUUCAUCAUAAGGGACAGUCAUUCAUUCCGUGGGGCCUAUGGUCUGGCCAUGAAAGUGGCCUGCCCCCCACCGACCAUCCAACAGAACAAAAAAGUUGGUGACAUGACUAAUGAGCUUGUGAGACACUUCCUGAUUGAGACCAGCCCCAAAGGUGUCCGUCUGAAGGGUUGUCCCAACGAACCCUACUUUGGUUGUCUUUCUGCUCUGGUCUACCAACACUCAAUGACUCCUCUGGCUCUGCCUUGUAAGCUGAUGAUCCCCGCCAAAGACCCAAAUGAGGAGGCGCUGGAGCUCGCUACACCUACUGAUCCAGUGGUUGAACUUCUGAAGCAAGGAGCAGUCCAGAAAGUUCCUGAAGAGGCUCAUGCCUGCAACGUCCUUUACAUCAACUCUGUGGACAUGGAGUCUCUCACGGGGCCUCAGGCCAUCGCCAAGGCGAUCACUCAGACGCUGGCGACCAACCCUUUGCCUGCAGCCACGACAGUCCACUUCAAAGUGUCCACGCAGGGCAUCACGCUCACCGACAGUCAGAGGAAGAUUUUCUUCAGGCGACAUUAUCCUCUCAACACAGUAACCUACUGUGACACUGACCCCCAGGACAGAAAAUGGGGCAAAGAAGGAGGUGGUUCAGUGAAGCUUUUUGGGUUUGUUGCAAGGAAACAAGGAAGCACAACAGACAAUGUCAGCCACCUGUUCGCUGAGCUGGACCCAGAUCAGCCCGCCUCCGCCAUCGUCAGCUUUGUCUCCAAAAUGAUGAAGCGGUGAAACUCCCCGAUGCCUAAAAAAAUGAAAAUGGCAGAGCCCAUUUUGAAAUCGUCCUUCAUCAUUGGUGUCUUUUUUCGCCAGGACUCGAUGAUGAUGAUGUUAAUGAUGAUGCCCCCCCCUUUUUUUAACUUCUGUUUCCUGUCGGUUUGUUUCUGUUUCCCUCCUGCUUUUUUUUUUUUUUUCUCUGCCUUGACAGUUUUGUCUUGACUUUGGUCUUUUUUCAAGAGUCUGGAUGUGAAGGAUACGGUGUGGAUCUCUGGUGGCGCAAGAGGAUGUGUGGUGUGGAGCUGAGAAAGUGACAAACAUGGAGGCCACGGAAGGGAGGGGAUUGGUCUUGGAAAAGACUAAAAGGAAAAAUGCAAAGUUCAGUCAGGAAACAUGGAAGGACUCGUAUGUUUCAGGGUUUUCUGUUGUUGUUUGUGUUGAUUGAGUUACCAAAGGUAGUUGCAAUACAAGUGCAAGAAUGAUGUAGCUAUUAAGCCAUUAUUUUCUCCUCUUUUCAAAAGAUGAAGUGUCGAACAAAAAAAAAAAAAAACAAAAGAAGAGAAAUACGGUUUCUUCUUGAACUUGUCUUCAGGAAAAAAAGUUGGCCUUGAUGGCUUUUAGCAAAACAGUGUCUGAAGACCUUAUGCAUGUUAGCUUGAUCUUUAAGCUUGGUUCUUCUACCUUCCACAAAAGUCAUUGUGAGUGGUCAUUUCUGGGUCUGUUGUGUGUUGGAAAGGGCUCUGCAGUGAAACAACGACUGAUCUAAACUGCGCAUAGCAGACCAGACUUUAAAAACACACACACACACACACACAAACAAAGAAACAAAAAAAAGAAAAAAUGCCACGCUACAGUCACCGCACUUUGAGCAGCCACACUCGCAUCACCUCGGCCUCCUCUCUCCAAACCUGCUUCUAGGAUUAUUCUCACCUGAAGUCAGUCAGCUCCUGAUAGCAUGUCAGACAAAAGAGAGAGAGAAAGGAAGACUGUUUGUCCACAAGAUGGCGCCACUCGGUCAGGCUUUGGACACGGACUUGCCCAUCACCAACUGCUUGCAGUAGUGGAUCUGUUGAUAGACGCUGCCACUGAAACACACUGGAAAUCACCAGGGACUGGCCCCAUGACCUGGACCUAUGCACUGUUCUUUAUGCAUGUUGUUGUCCCAAAAUGCACCCUCCCUCAUAGCUACAUUCAACAUCACUGAAAACAUUCUAUGCUGUGUGCUAAAAAUGACUUAAAACCUUUAGACAAGUACACUGAGGUUGUAUGACUUGUCAAAGACUGCAUGAAAUAGACAAACAUUUUUUUGUACUCUCCUCAGAGUCCUGAAAAGAAGUAGGCAAAAACCCAUUAUUGAAGUAGUCACAUGAUGGUGAGAUGCUCUAUUUCUACAUUUUUUUCUUUGUUGUUUCUUUUUUGGUCCAUUUGAGCCAGGGUUACCUUUCACUGUACCAAGGACAGUCCGCUUUUUCUUUUUUUUUUUUUUUCUUUGUUCCACAGUGGAUCCACCAUGUCGUCAAAGUUGACAUUUAGAUACCUUUUAGAUAGGGCAAAGGAAAAAAAACACACUGUGCGCAAAUGCCUGUUUGUUGAACACGCUCAACCAUUCACAAUAAGCUAAGGAAAUUGAUAUUGAUAUAAAUGUACAUAGAUAUACUACUUUGAAAGGUGACAUAGCGAAAAAGUAUUUAUUUUUGUUGCUUUGGUCCCUCAUGAUUACUCAUAUAUACAUAUAUUGUACAGUCUAGAUAAAGAAGAUUACCUAAUGGGUUGAGAAAAAAAUAUACUUAUUUUGGCUAAUGAUUUCAAAGUCUGACGAUUUUGAAAUGUGUUUGAAUAUAUGGUGUACAUUACUUUGUACAUGUAUAUGUUUGUUUCGGGCUCGUCAUGUUUUUCAUUUUUGCGUUCUUUGAGAACAAGGUAGGGCAUGAACGGUAGAAGCCAAGAGUCGGACUGAACUGCAUGGACAGAGGCAUCCGUUUUUAACAAGAGGAACACACUCGUAGAAAUAAAAGCGUUGUAGCUGAUAGGUUUUAAGGUAAAAGACGUUAGAAAAGGGGAGAAAUAGUUGUUCAGCAGCAGCCAACCUCAAAAUGCAAUAUGAAAAAAAAAAAAAAAGAUCGUAUGCAACCAUGACAGUUAGAAUUAUAAUUUGCCAAAGAUUCAAACACUUCACGUCUAUGCUAACUGGCUACAUGUCGCUUUUACGUUGGACGACUCCUCCCAUUUUUGUGUUUUCGCGCUUUCGUUCGACCUUCAGCUCAAGCUUUGGCGGCUAAAACACGAGCUCGACACAAGCGUGUCCUGCAGACCCUGUGUGCAACACGGCAUUUAUACAGCGAGACGGUCGGCCGCGGAUGACGAAAGCGUUUUGUUUUUACUGGUGUCUCGACCCGCCAAAAAUGUGUCCAUCUCCGUCGCCCUGUUCAAGAGGGAACAGGCCUAGCUGUGCCCCAAUUGGAAGUGUGUAAACAAAGCACUUACAUUCACAAUACCGAAAGAGGAGUGACAUAAAUUCCAUAUGGGUGUCAGUGUUGGAGGUAAAUAAAGCAAGACGUGUCUCACCGUGAUGCUAAAGCUCUACAGCUGCAGCUCUGUCAGACUGCCAAAGGUGUCUACUCCGGCCCUCUCGAAAAAAAAGAAAAUUAAAAAAAAAACAUCAGUGAUUUAUUUAUUCUUAUUUAUUCUUUUUUCUCUCUUCCUGACAUGUUUUUAAAACUCGUCGCAUUAUCACGUUAUCGCAGGUUCACAGUCAGUGUUAAUGAAUGGAGGAAUGUGUGGUGGCGCUUUAUUGAAAGCAAAGAGGUACUGUGCAUUUACCAACUAACAAGCUCCUCAGCUCUUUUUUUUUGGGAAAAGAAAGGAAAAAAAAAAUUAAAUGUUCUUUACAUUUUAAAAAAUUAAAAAAAAUUCAUGUGGUAUAUAAUAAAACUCAUCAUGCAUUGUACCUGUUGGCUUUGAAUCAAGGGUUACUUCUUGUUUCAGUGAAAAAGAGAGAUUUCUGUGACCCCAUCGUACCAAUCGGAUGAAUGUGCUACUAUGGAUGUACAAAAGGGUCUCAGAUUUUGUUUGCGCUUAUCAUUUACAUUAUAUUGUCAUGGCUUACCUGUUCCUAAGGAGAAAAAACAUUAAAGCAAUACAAAUCA